GUUGGAGUCUAGAUAGCUUUAAAAUCACAAAACCAAAAGCCACAAAAUCCAAGUUGCACCAUUCACGUAAAUAAUUACUAACCCUUAUCACUAACUCCAUUGGUUCACCAGAAGAAAAGCUAGAAGAGAUUUUGUGCGCAGCAACCACGUUCUAACGGAGAGAACGUAGCAGGGAUUUAAGACUAAGAUGGCCAAGCUUCUAUGUUGCAUUUUAUUUAUUAUCAUCCUCAUGUCCAUUUCAGGUACAACAGCGGUAAACUUCUGCAGUGAGCUGUGGGGAUGCACGUCGGGUAUCAACGACCAAGGCUGCCGUAAUGAUGGGACAAUAUCAUGUUGUGAAGAUCCAUGUCAGGCAAAACACGGCAAAAAUUACGUCGGUGCAAUUUGCCAAGAACCUGGACACCACACAUGCGUCUGCACUUACAAUUGUAUGAAUCAAUCUCUGCCUGAUUUCCGAUCUCAUGCACCUUCUCAGUCCCGAUCUGAUGCACCUUCUUCUAGCAAUGAAUAUCAGUGGAUACUCGGUAAAGUUGGUUGGUCUCCAUGAGCGAUGUCGUUUCCUAUGACCUUUGAUGAAUUGAGCAAGAUUCUGCUUCAUAGAUCUCCGGUGUUCUUUACCUUUCCG